UCGUCGCUCUAGGCUGAGCCCCACACUUCCCAUCCUGCGAAAGGCUCGCCAUGGCGAUGGGCAGCAAAGGCGACGGCGGCUGCGUCCCGGAGCAGGAAGAUUCUGUGCUGUUCCGGCGUGGUACAGGCCAGAGUGAUGAUUCUGACAUCUGGGAUGAUACAGCAUUGAUAAAAGCUUAUGAUAAAGCUGUGGCUUCCUUUAAGCACGCUUUAAAGAAUGGUGACAUUUCAGAUAAACCGAAAGGUGAAACUUCAGACAAACCAAAAGACAAACCUAGAAGAAAACCUUUUAAGAAGAGUAAAAGCCAAAAGAAGACUACCACCACCCCCUUGAAACAGUGGAAAGUUGGGGACAGAUGCUCUGCUGUUUGGUCAGAAGAUGGCUGCAUUUACCCAGCUACCAUCGCUUCUGUUGAUUUGAAGAGAGAAACCUGUGUGGUGGUCUACACUGGAUAUGGAAACAGAGAGGAGCAAAAUCUGUGCGCUCUGCUUCCCCCGACCUGUGAGGCAGCUGACAACAUGGAACAGAGUGCUCAGGAGAAUGAAAAUGAAAGUCAGGUUUCAACGGAUGAAAGUGAGAGCUCUUCCAAGUCUCCAGGAAGUAAACCAAGUAACAUCAGGUCAAAAGCUACGUCCUGGAACUCCUUUUUCCCUCCGCCACCACCCAUUCCUGGUUCGGGAUUGAGACCUGGAAAGGCAGGUCUAAAAUUCAGUGGCCCACCUCCCCCACCGCCCCCACACUUCCUGUCGUGCUGGCUGCCUCCACUUCCGUCUGGACCACCAGUGAUCCCCCCACCACCUCCUGUCUGUCCGGACUCAUUGGAUGAUGCAGAUGCUUUGGGCAGCAUGCUGAUGUCAUGGUACAUGAGUGGCUACCACACUGGCUACUACAUGGGUUUCAGACAAAAUCAAAAAGAAGGGAGGGGCUCACAUUUCAACUGAAUGAGGAAACGCCCAUCCCAGACCACACAGCGCAUCCGUGCUACUCUGAGCUGUCCAUCUCCGGCUUGGCUCUGUGAGCAGCUGCUCUUGCCUGCUGGCCCUGUGGACCCCUGUUCUGCGCUCUUGGGAGUAGGACUUGGGUGUGGAUCUACGUGGGAUCCUUUCAGAUUUCUGCUUCUUCUCUUCGUGUCAGUCUCUGCCUGAGGCCUGAAGUACAGCCAGCCUCUGGUGCUAGGGAACUGGCCACAGCCUCAGCUGCCUCCACAAGCCAAAAGCCACUCCCUGGGCCAGCACCUACCCAGUGCCUGAAAAUGGUCAUGUCGUGGAUUGUGCUGUGCAGAGGUCUGCAACAGGACAACAGGAAAACAAUUCCACCUCCAGCUUCUUCCCUGUUUUCUCCCCGCCACCCAGUACAGGGAAUUGAACUCAGGACCUUGUGCUUGCCAGGAAGACACAGUGCCUCUGAACUACAUCCCUGACCCAUUGCCAUUUUCCAAACACCGGUUGGUUUUAACAAAUAUUUCAUCGCACCCUGAAUGCUUGGCCAGAUGACUUAGUUCACUAAAUCACUUUUCCCAUUUUACAUAUUUAUUUGUUUAUUUUUUCUGGUACUGGGAAUUGAAUCCAGAGCUACCCCUGCCCUUUUUAAUUUUUUGACACAAGGUCUUGCUAUGUUCCUGGGCUUACUUGCCUUGCCAAGUUGAACUUGAGAUGCUCGUGCCUUAGCCUCUCAGAGUCCUGGGGUGACAGGCGUACACCACUGUGCCCUGCCACCUUUCCCAUUUUAUAGCAGCUUACUGUCUUUCUUUCUGGCAGUGCUGGGAGGGCCUGACACUUGCCACACAAGUGCUCCAAGCUACCUACACCCUACCCUAGAGUGAAUAGCAAUCAUCACAUGCUUCUGAAUAAUUAGUCUCUUAUAGCCAUCAAAAGAAAGUGUAUUAAAUAGUGAUCCUGUAUCCCUCUCAGACUCAUGAGACUUAGAUAUUAAAUUUGGCAUUAUUGACACAUUUUUCUACAUAGCCAUAAGUCUAUUUUGGGUCCUUUUGCGUAGACAUUUUAUAGGAAUAAUUUUAUAGAUUGAUAAUUAGUUUUAGAUCCCGAUUCCUAGAUUCUGAGUAGUUCUGUACAUAACACAUUGCUUCCCACAAAAAGAGUAACACAGCUUGGGGCCAGGGAUUUAGCUCAGAGGUUCCCCCGCCUGUUUCGCAAACACAAGGUCCAUCCCUGGUACCAUCAGUCAGUCAAUCAAUCAAUCAAUCAGUAACAAAGCCUGUCUCCUACAGGCACAUCUAACUAUUACAGUCUUUGCUGGGGAGAUUUUAACCACUUAUCAGGUCAAUUAUUUAAAUACAAGAUGACCAAAAAUUGCAUAUUUUUCUUCCUUGAUUUUUAUAAGAUAAC